GAAUUUAUUUGGGGGGGGGGGGGUGGAAUCAAUGCAGAAAAUUGCUCACUCUGAAAAAUGGAGAGUACUAACCAAACCUACUGACUAUAUGUAGCCCGUGUUUGUUCUUGUGGAUCAUUUGUUGGUGAGCUGAAGUUGGUCUGAAGAAAUGGCGGAGGAUCACCCCUCGCGUUAUGUCAAAUUGACCAAGGAUCAGGCGCCCAUGGAGGACAUCAAACCCGGCGAGCUCAAUCUGCCCAUUGAUGUGCCUCAGUUGCAUGUUCGAAAGUGUAAUGAAUGUGGGCAGCCUCUACCUGAUAGCUACCAAGCUCCGGCUGAUGAACCCUGGACUACCGGCAUAUUUGGUUUUGCAGAAGAUGCAGAAAGUUGUAAGACAGGACUAUUUUGCCCUUGUGUUCUGUUUGGCCGCAACGUUGAACAACUAAGAGAAGAUACUCCAUGGACUGGACCUUGCAUUUGUCAUGCUAUCUUUAUAGAGGGUGGCAUUGCUGUUGCUGCAACAACCGCUGCUCUACACGGUUUUGUUGACCCAAGGACAUGUUUUCUCAUUGGCGAGGGUUUCUUUUUUGGUUGGUGGAUGUGUGGAAUCUACACCGGCCUAGUGAGGCAUUCACUGCAGAAGAAAUAUCAUCUCAAGAAUUCGCCAUGCGACCCUUGCUUGGUGCACUACUGCCUGCACUGUUGUGCCUUGUGCCAGGAGCACCGGGAGAUGAAGUCACGCCUAUCGGAGUAUUCUGUGGAACCGAUGACCUUGGUCAAUCCACCUCCAGUUCAGGAAAUGAAUGCUGCUGACGAUGGUCGGGAUUCAGCAUCAACCUCUGCCUAUGGAAACGACCAGGUUAAAAUCGAGAUGCAGGCUCUAUAGGACGAAACAACGGCGAAUACCAUGCUUUUUAGAGCUGGAUUUUCUGGCUUUCUCAUUUAUUUUAUGACUUUGAAGUCCCUUUCAACAGGAAACUGUACAUUUUUAUUUUCAUGCAUUCGUGUCAAGUUGCAAAGGUGAUUUGAGCUCUGUAACAAGUUUGCACUUGCAUGGAGCUGUAAUAUUUUUACCCAAUUAAGACAGUUUUGAGCAUAAAAA